AUGACAACUGCUGAAGGAGCGAGAUACCAAAGGCUCCAGACCGGGGCCGACGACAUCGAGAAUGUGCCAUUAAAGGAAAAGCAAGAAGCGGCUUUCGCAUCCCGGCCCCUUUGGCGGCAGCGCACCUCUUUGUACCCCCUCGAAAUCGCUGUUCGUGUUGUGCUGGGCUUCAUCCUAGUCCUCAGUUUGCUCAAUAUUGGGUUUCUGCUGGGUGACAGAAUCAUUGGGACAACGUGCGACAGAAGAGUGCCUGCGGGCACCUCGAACAAUAUAAUUUGGAGAGAUAAUCUUCGUAGCCUUGCGGUCACCAAGCCAAAGAGGUUUGAUGCAACUCUCUAUGGCCGGAACCAAUAUAGAGGGCCGCCCAGUCCAGAAAUCGACGCUGCUUGGGACAGGUUCACCACAAACCCGUGGAUGGUCGAGACGGCUGCAGUCCUCAAUGUAUCCCGAAAGGAAAUGUAUAGCUCCGGAAACACCGCAGCACUGGAGACGGUUGUAGAGCUUGAUCAGGAGAAUGGAGGCGGCUUCAUGGGCACGCUGGAAGUCUUCCACCAGUUACACUGCCUGAACGUCCUUCGCAAAUGGACGUACUGGGAUUACUACGUCGAUACGGAUCCAUUCUUCCAGACUCGAGCUGAUCAUCGCCGCGAACAUGCUGAUGGCAUCUCAGAUCAUUGUAUCGACGUAUUGCGUCAGGCUCUCAUGUGCAAGAGUGACCUGGGACUCAUCCUUUUUCACUGGGUCAAGGACAUUCAGAUACCGUCGCCGGAUUUCAACACUGUGCACCAGUGUCGUGAUCCAGAGGCAGUACUCUCCUGGGCACACGCGAAUAAGGCACCAAUUAACCACACCAUCAUGAAGACGACGGGCGUCACAGAGGCAGAGCAUCCUUUUUAA